AUGAUAAGAUCAAGAAACAAGCGACAAUCUGAAACACCCCUCAAAAGGAAAACUACUGCAAAUUACAAUUCAUUUCGCACAAAUUCUCUUAUUGAAAAGUCUAAUAUUUCUCCUAUAAUUGUCCCUAAAAUGAUUAGAACAGUAAGCUGCUAUUUAACUGCAUCAACCGUAACCUCCCCUCCUCCUCUGGAUUUGGAAUCAGAAGCAGAGCCUAAUUGAUCUAGACAAACUCAUAAAUAUGAACAGAAAAUUCGUGUAGCUCAUAGUCCAGAAGAUGAUUUAUAUCUUAAUAAAGCCAUAGAUUUCUUAACAACCAUUGAAACCCAGUCAAGUGAAGGAGCAGUCGAAAGGUGAUCUAGCGAAGAUUCGACCCCAGAAUCAGAGAGCUUUCGUUGAUUAGCUGAAUCAGGGGCUGUUAAAGAAUCAUUUAGGAAUUGCCUCAUUUUUUCUGACUGAAAUCAGUUUCCUAUCAUUGACCUUAGCGAUAUGCCUUUUGCGAUCCCCAAUUCUUUAAUAAAAGAUAACCUUAAUGAAGAAUUCAAAGAAAAACACCCAUUCCUUCACCAAAAAUUGACGCUAAGCAAGAUAGUGAACUUAAGAGAGGAUCUGGUUUCAAAAAUGUGCAGAAAUAUGGAUAUUGAGGCUUGUACUUUAGCAAUAGCCUGGGUAUAUUUUAUAAGGCUACUUAGUAAAAAUGUGAUUACGAAAGCUAAUAGAAAAUUAUAUGGAGCUAUCUGCGUCUUAUUAGCGUAUAAAUUCAAUGAAGAAUCUCAUUUGGAUGACAACAAAGACCAGAUAAAUACAAUUAUAAAAUUUGUAGGCUCAAUGGACAAGCAUGGUUUGCUGCAGCAUAAGCAUAUCUCUAGAAUAGAAUUUGAGGUUUACGCCCAUUUAAAUUUUUCGCUUUUGCUGAAGUAUGAGGAAUUUAAAGAAGAAUUUUUAUAUACUUUAUGCAGGAUGGGCAUUACAUUUGACGACUACAUUGGUGGCUUUUAUGAUGAUUUAGCAUAA